AUGGCUGAGCAUACACAGGGACGCUUCAUGGUCAUCGAUGACACUGAAGUAGAAUCUCCCAUCAGCAUACUAGAAGAUGAGCCCGGCGAGGGCGAGGUUCCGCAAUCAAUGAACACCGACACUCUUAGCGAGCAGAUGGCACUUUCCUUUGGGGAGCGUAUAGCAGCGUUACCUCCUCACCAGAGCCUCCGCCGAAGAAUCCGCAAAAGUUAUCACAGCAAGAACCUCGAGGUUGUCCGCUGGGAGAAAAAGAUUGUGGGCCCCAGUGAUUCGACGCCAUGUUACCAGGAGCAUACCCUCGUCAUCAUAGGCAAGGAGAAGGCCGCGCUACAAGCACAGCGCAUUGCGGAGCUUUCAAAUCGUCUUCAGGAAUGCGAAGACGAGAAGAAAAAGCUCCAGGAAUUCCUGGACAAGGCAAAUAAUGAAGCAGCCGACACGGACAGGAAGCUAGCGGUUGCGCUUGAGAAGGCCGCUGAUGCUGAAGCAGAGCUGGCUCAGCGAGAGUCGGAUCAUCGAGAUGCCAUGGACGACCUCGAGCAGGUUUACCAUAAGCUUUCCGGACGGAUUGAGAAAAUCGAGUCCCAACAUGAUGGAUAUGAGGACGCGAAAUCGAAGACUCAACCUUUUGCGAACUCUACUAAGGUCUCGGACGAAUCGAUCAGGGCCAUAUGGGCGAAGAUGCAGUACAACAUCAACUACCUUUCCAAUAACGUUCUCACCGGCUUUCCCUCAGAGAGAGACCUGAAAGAUGGUAGCAUCAAUGACUCCUGUUUUCUCAGUUCCGAUGGCAUCAAUGAUUACACCGAACUACUCCAAGACGAGGACAUGAGACCCUUCGUUGUGGAACACUACAUUUGGAAGACUGUCGUGGGACGAUUCUUCGACCUCGGGGUAGACGGAAGUUGGGCCGGCAGUAUCGGAAUGAGCUUCAUUACCUGCUUUGAAGAGCUCGUAGCGGUAUGCGAUCGCAAGCAACUGGACCCCACGAAGCUUCUGCGUUGCAAAGCUGAGGUUGGAGAGAUGAUCAACCGGAUUAUUGGCGUCGACCACACGGAGCUGUCGACAGUAACGCAGAUAGAAAUCACGGCCUUCAUCAAUUUCAUUCCCAAGAGGUGUUCUGACCACCAAGCGAAGUACGAGAAGCUUCAGAAGAAUAUGUGCAAGAUAUUCAACGAUGCGCUGGAGCUCCGUGCGAUCUUCAUGGCUUCCCAGGCUCACUUUUACACGUCUUGGGAUUACAUGCAAGUGGCGGAUUUACCCCCCAUUCAUUUCGACGACAAGUAUAUGGAAGCUGAGGGCUGGGAGAGGGAGCCGCUCGGUGAUGGUAACAUCGUGCUAUGCAACAUCUCGCCGGCUCUAGUGAAGGUUGGCACCGCUGAUGGCGACAGCUAUGACUCGGAUCUACUGCUAGUCAAGGCAAGGGUUGUCUGUGACUAG